GUUUCUUCCCAUAAUAUCCACUUUAUAUCCUAUUGUUCAAUGUCAGAUUAUUGGUUAAGUAACACUCAGACUGAUGUAAUUCCUUUUGUACAUUCACAACAUCACUAUUAAAAUUUAUUCCGAUUGAACCUUUUCAAGUAUUUUGUCUUUUAAUAAAUCGCAUUCAUUCCUAACACUUAACAUCAACAAUGAUUCUUUGCCAUCUUAUCUGCUCCUUUUGUUUCUUUAUUGUUCUCUUAAUGGAAUAAUCUAAAUAGUUAUGAAGGAUCACAUUAUCACCAACACCAACAUUUGUAUUACUUAUCAAAAUCCUCCAUUAAGAAAACAUGGUAGAAUUAUUAGCUGAUAUCUAUACAUGAAUCGAUGAGUACUGACUCAGAUCAGGAAAAGUUGUUACAAAAAUUUAAAGAUUUACGUAAAGAACCACAAAAACAAGUAAACGAUUUAACAAAUGCAAUAAACGAUAUUGAAGAGAAUCUUAUUAGAAAUAAGGAAAGUCAUAGCAUACAAAUGCAGAAGAUCGAUCAACUAUAUCGAACAAAUGUGAACGAUCUAAAUGAAGAGAUAAAUGUUGAAGAUGCAUGUGAAGAAUUCAAUAAAACUGUAUUCGGCAAUGAAGCUAAUCGUCCAGUAUGGAAAGUAAGUAUGAAUUCAAAAGCGACAAUACAACAUCCUACUUCUUAUAACUGGAUAAAUGAAAAAUCUUGGCUUCAUUAUAGAAAACAAAUUAUUGAAUCACAAUUAAGUACAAAAAGUAAAGACCAAAUAAAAUGCAUCCAAAAUAAAUUACGUAGUCGUGAAAUAGCUCAACGAACAUUUGAUCGUUAUUCUAAUAGGGAAUCUCAUGAGGUUAAUGUUGAUGAAAUAAAUAAAUCGAAGCAACAGGAUGAAUUAACAAAAUAUCCUUACAGUAUAAAUCAUCCAUUACAUAUACAUGAGCAGCAAUUGAUGAAUAAAUUUAAUCAACUAAAAACUAUGCAAUAUUUAAAUCUAAUUGAAUUAAACACAAAAGAGAAUGAUUUACAUUCAUUACUGUAAGUUUGUUUUUCAUUUUAAUACAGUGGUUAUAUGAAGGAAAAAGUAAUCUUCAUAGAAUAAAUACACUAUUAAAAAAACACCGUCUAUAAACUUUUAAUUUAAAGAUAUUGUUGAUGAUAUGAUGAUAAACUAUAUCUGGAGGAGAGGCCGAUUCAAAAGACAGUUCGUACAGAAGAUUUUUUGAUAUAAAAAACAAUCACCCUCUGAUUAAAAGCUAAGUUAUUACGACUGAUCAAUUUAAUGUAUAUUUUACUGUUAACCUACUUUUAUGAAGCUAAGUACACAAGCCAUUCGUUGUAGAUACUUUUUCCUCUCAUUGAAGAAUAUCUACUACUAUGACUUAACAAAGAAAAACACAGGUCAUUGACGUCCUUUAUUCUGCAGCGUGUAAUAUAUUCGUGGAAUCCAGCUUCAGAUACAUUCUUUGACAGCAUUUAUUAGAUUGACGAAAAGAUUAGUCGUGUUGUAUGCCUAAAAGUACCUUACGUUACAGACGCAUUGCCUAUUUACUUAUUAAAACAUAAAUUUUGUAUGAAAAAACAUUUAUGUUUUUAGACGUUAAUUAUUAUAUGUAUAUGUGCAUAUUUUUAUUGACUAACCCAGUAUUUUUGCUUGUUUUGUAAGAGGUAAUAACACCGUUGCUCUACUCACACUUAAAUCUCUAUAGAAAAGUUUAAUCUUGUGAAUGAAGUCGCUAGAGAGAGGUGAAACCGUUGAAUAAAAGCUGGUAAAUCAAUCGUUUUCAUUUUCGAAAUGAGAAUAGAACAAUUUUAAUCGACACACUAGUUACUAUUGACAUCAAAAUGGAAUUUUUGAAUAGUUCCUAACGUUUGGUUAAGAGCAUAAUCCUAUUCAUUAAAAGACAUAACACAGUAAUGUUCAAGUUUAUUUUAUGGUAGGUGUUGACAACGAGGAAGCUAAUCAUAAGAAAUUGUCUCUUUUACCAAACGUGUCCAACUGUUUUCCGGUGAUUUGAAGUUACUAAUAGGCAUUCUGUUUAUAAAUUUUUAGAAUCGUAUAACCCUAAUAGUAUGAUACUAGCCUACUCAAUCAAAAUCGUUAAUCCACUGAAACAACCUCAUCAAAUAUUUAUCAGUACGUUGAUACCUGAGCUUUAUUUCUGAAAUUGUUUUUUGUAGAAAAAUAAAACAAAUUGACUAAUGUUAUUUGAACUGCUACAAAAUAUCACCAUUUUAUUGUGCACUAAACGCAAUCAUUAGUUGACAAAAAAAGUUGAAAACUGUAAUAUACGAAAGAACUAUUCAAUACUUUUACUUGAUACUUUUGAAGAAAUGGCCGAAACUCCUCUGAUAAGUAAUCGUCAGGUACAUAUCAUUUAAUACCUUCUGGAGAACCUUAAAUUUUAUGUUUACCACUAAAUAAUCAAGGAGUUUCGGGGAUAGAAAAGCUAUCUGAAGUUGUUUACUAUACGGUAUAAAAUAUUUUGAAACUGACUGGAUUUAUAUCUUAGAAAUAUCUAGCAUAAAAGUAUACUUUUGAUUUGCAGAGUACACAUUAGGAAUCUGAAAUUUGAUCUGGAUAAUGAAUACACAAAAUAUACACAAAUGAGUUUAAAUGAAAUCAACAAGAAGAAACAAAAGCUGAUCAACCUCUCAAAAGUACUAAAUGAAUUAGAAGAAGAAGAGGCUGCUGCAUUCAGUAAUUUAUUUAGUGAAGCAAGAAAAACAAAUGAAACAAGAACCGUGCUUAAAAACGAAUUGAAAUACUUAAGAAUCAGUCAAAAUAUCAAUCCUAUGCAUCGUUUUACUUAUUUUGAUUAUAGGUAUAAUUUACCUUUAUGCAAAUUAUAAAACAAUGUUACAUUUGUUCUGUAUAGUUGUGGUGUUUGUACUAACUGAUGAUUCAUUUGUAAACGAUUGACUACUGAUUGCAAAUUACAAAUGAUAAUAAGUUCAUCUGUGCUCAUCUAGUUCUGUCUACCUUAAAUUGCACUGUGGUGUGUAUUCCUCAUAUCGACAUAAAUAGUAUAUGUCGUGAGUUAAGAAUAGAACGUCUGGAAGCAGAAGGUCGAGAAAGAAAGAACGGCUACAGAAAGCGAUUGGUAUAGAAAUGAAGGAACAGUGAAGUCUGAGACGAUUGAUCGACAUUUGCAAAGGAACAGUCAAGUUUGAAACAUUUGAUUGAUAUUUAGCAAAUUAAGCAUUUGUUGUUUGGUUCUCAGAUUUGACUAAGUGAUUCUAGAAAUUUUGUGUUUAGACACAUUCGAUUGUCCGCAGUGGUGUUCUUGUUCAUUACAGUAGAAUUCUGGUAAAGAUUGUUAUUGUUUGUAUGAUUAUAUUAAAAUAACAGUAAAAAAAUCAUUUUUAAAAAUUUUUUUAUUAAAAAAACGAACAUUUUAUCAAGUUCAGGUAAAUUGAACUAAUUUUGAUUAAUAUUAGCACUACACUAUUAUCAUCAAAUAUACUUACUUUUGAAGUGUGAA